AGUAAACAGGCUAAAGAAGCCCAAAAGUCUUAACAAAGUGCCAGGUCAUACUGACAACACCUGCCCCUUUCUAGUAUUUUUACAUCCCUUGUUUCUGGACUGUGGAGACCUAGUGGUGCAAUGAUUGGUGGCUUGAACCCACCAGCCACUCUUCUGGAGAAAGAUGUGGCAGUCUGCUUCAGUGAAGAUAACAGUCUUGGAAACCCUAUGGGGCAGUUCUACUGUGUUCUAUAGGAUCACCAUGAGUCAGAAUCAACUGGACAGCAACAGGUCAAUGGUUUGGUUUCUGGACCAGGGCAGCUGAUCUUUUACAAUCUUUCACUGACAGAAACUUUAAGCAGGACUUCAAUCUUUACAGUCGGCAGUUCGAAUCUGCCAGGCGCUCCUUGGAAACUCUAUUGGGCAGUUCUGCUCUGUUCUAUAGGGUCGCUAUGAGUCCAAAUUGACUCGACGGCACUGGGUUUGGUUUUGGCUUUGGGUCAAUCUUUACAAGUUUACAUGUGAAAAUGAUGCAUCUGUCCCAGAUCCUUGUCUUCCAGCCCCUAUAGUGGCAGUCUUGAGGGAUGCAAGGUUUGACUAUACAAAAUGGAUAAACUGCUAUUCAUUAAGUCUACAGGAAUUCUGGAAGGAAAUACCCCAGAAAUAGAAAUGAGGGGUGUUUGGGUUUGUUUCUUUCAAAAAUCUUAUUUUUUAGUUUGUACUCUGAGAUUUUUCUUUAAAACCUAUCUAAUAUGGGUUUAUUUCUUUAAAGUAAAAUUACUAUUUUCCCCAAGAUGGAUGACAAUUCUUAGGAAAUUCAUCUACAGGCUCUGAUUUAUGGGAAAGCGCAAGGGCACCUGGGUGGGCAGGGGAGCAACAAGCUCUGGAAGCCCGUCAUCCAUUGUGAUUUCCAGUGCUCUGAAUGUUAAAGAGUAAAACUAUGUGGACUUCACAGUGCCUUCCAUUUCUGAGAUUUUAUGAUUCACUCUGCCUGGCAGACACAAUCAACUGAAAAAAAUCCUCAGGUCCAUGUACUCAACCUAAAAAAAUUGGAGAGGGUCAGUACGCAUGCUCCAUACUCAAGCCAACUGGUCCCUAAACCCUUUGCUAAUACGCCUGCGCGCGGGGAGAGGCCUCGCCUUGUCUGCGAGCGGGAAGCAACCGGGAAAACCCGGAUGCAGGCCCCAGCGGGCUGAGGCGGAGGCAGCUGCGAGUGUUUCUGUGUGUGGCCGCGCUCCUCACAGAUUCCUACUUGGGGGUCGGACCUGAGAACCGCGACCUUCCCUGGUUCUAAUGAGCUAGGGGCUGGGCCCCAGGCCGAGCGGAGAGCGGAAUUGGAGCCCGAAACUGGCCUCCCUGACUUGAUUCCCGCGCCUCAGGCUCCGAGAUGGGUGGGUCGGGUCGCGACUGAACGGAGCUCUUCUUUCCUGGCCGCAGGCGCUUGUAGCUAGUCCCGGCCUGCUCUAAAUGUUCGGCGUCCUUAGUAAUAUUAACACCUACAGCUCCUACGAGUUAAAAGCUGCGUGUUCUUUAAAUGCAUUCUAAUACUUUAGACCCCACAACAACCCUAUAAGGUAGGUACUAUUAUCUGCAUUUGAGGAAUUGAGGUUUCUCAGCCCUUAAGUGACAAAGCCAAGAUCCCAGCUGCUUCUGGAGCGCAAGUUCAGCUACAUUCCUGUCCCAUUUUUUCCUAGUUAACCGAUUUUAAUGUAAAACGUAAUAACUUAAUCCUCCACCGCGCCAAACACCCGCACAUACCAUGUACUUGAAUAGGCAGGGACUAGCUAUAUGUCGAAUUGUAUUUGGUACGGAGUUUUAGGUUUACAGCUGCACUUUGGUGUUGUCACUGUUAAAAUACAUGUUUUAACAUGCUCUAAAUAUUCCUGUUAUGUGAAUGUUCACUUUUAACUGACUGAUUCUUCUCUUAAUUGUGGUACUUUUUCAUAUCUACCCUUGCUUCAUGAACCCGCAGUCAUUUUACUUUGUUAUAUCAGAUCUUUCAUUUCAGCGACUUAACAUCUCUCUCAAAAGAUUGAAAAGAACCAUUUGGAAACAGAUUAUUUCCAGCUUAAUGAGAUAAUGCUUUUUAUUUAUUUUACUUUUUACUAUGGAAGUUUUCCGACAUACAUAAAAAUAGUGGAAAUGGUGUAAUGUAUCGACGGCUUUUUAUACCUAUGAUCCAGCUUCAACAGCAACAGUUAAGCAACUCAAGACUAAUUGUAUUUCAUCUAUCUCCACCCCACUUUGUGUGUGUGUGCUGAAGUGUGACAUUUCAGAGGAAAUUCUAGACAUCUUAUUUCACUUAUAGUUAAGUCAGACUCUCUAACAGUUAAGGACCUUUUUUUUUCCAACACAACCACAGUGCCAUCAUCACACCUGUCUGUAUUAACAGUUCCUUAACAUGUUGAUGCUUUUUUUAAUGUUUACAUUUUUUAGGAUAUUGUGAUUGCUAAAUACCACAGAGGAACAUGUGAAAGUUAUGAGGUUCUAAAGCACAAGAAAGCCUACUGUGCGCAAAAUUCUGCAGCAUCUCUGGAGUUACACCUGAGAAUUUUUGUAUGCCAUGUCGAAGAAACGCAAAUGGGAUGAUGAUUAUGUUCGUUACUGGUUCACCUGUAUGACAGAGGUUGAUGGAACUCAACGCCCACAGUGUGUUUUGUGUAACUCAGUAUUUUCAAAUGCUGAUCUCAGACCAUCAAAACUGUCUGACCAUUUUAAUAGACAGCAUGGUGGUAUAGCAGGGCAUGAUCUCAAUAGCCUGAAGCAUAUGCCAGCACCAUCUGAUCGGAGUGAAACCUUGAAAGCACUUGGAGUUGCAUCUCAAGAGGAUGCUUUAUUACAAGCCUCAUACCAGUUUGCAUAUUUAUGUGCCAAGGAAAAGAAUCCUCAUACAAUAGCUGAAAAAUUAGUGAAACCUUGUGCAUUGGAAAUAGCACAAAUAGUUCUGGGACCAGAUGCACAAAAGAAGCUUCAGCAGGUUCCCUUAUCAGAUGAUGUGAUCCAUUCUAGAAUUGAUGAGAUGAGCCAGGAUAUCUUACAACAAGUUCUGGAAGAUAUCAAAGCCAGUCCUCUUAAAGUGGGUAUUCAGCUUGCUGAGACAACUGACAUGAAUGACUGCAGUCAGCUAAUGGCAUUUGCGCGAUAUAUAAAAGAAAAAGAGAUCAUAGAAGAAUUCCUAUUCUGUGAACCAUUGCAUUUAACCAUGAAAGGAAUAGAUGUGUUCAAUCUCUUCAAAGACUUCUUUUCGAAACAUAAGAUACCACUUGACGUAUGUGGCUCCAUUUGUACUGAUGGUGCCUCUUCUAUGCUAGGAGAAAAUUCAGAAUUUGUUGCCUGUGUGAAGAGAGAUGUACCUCAUAUCGUGAUCACACAUUGUAUGUUGAACCCUCAUGCACUUGUCACAAAGACAUUGCCAUCAAAACUGAGGGAUGCUCUGUUUACUGUGGUGAGGGUAAUAAAUUUCAUCAAAGGACGAGCUCCAAAUCAUCGCCUCUUUCAGGCUUUUUUUGAAGAAAUUGGUAUAGAGUACGGUGUCCUCCUUUUCCAUACUGAAAUGAGGUGGCUUUCCCGAGGCCAGAUACUUACUCAUAUUUUUGAAAUGUAUGAAGAAAUAAAUCAGUUUCUUCACCACCAAAGCAGUAAUUUAGUUGAUGGCUUUGAAAAUAAAGAGUUUAAAAUUCACCUAGCGUACCUUGCAGAUUUAUUCAAACACCUAAAUGAACUUGGCGCAUCUAUGCAAAGGACUGGGAUGAACACAGUAUCAGCUAGAGAGAAGUUAUCUGCUUUUGUUAGGAAGUUUCCAUUUUGGCUAAAGCGAAUUGAGAAGAGAAAUUUUACCAACUUUCCUUUUCUUGAAGACGUAGUUGUUUCAGAUAAUGAAGGAACACACAUUGCAACCGAAAUAACACUGCAUCUGCAACAGUUGAGCAGCUUCUUUCAUGGAUAUUUUUCUGUUGGAGAUCUUGAUGAGGCAAGUAAAUGGAUACUAGAUCCAUUUCUUUUUAAUUUGGAUUUUGUCACCGAUAGUUAUUUAAUGAAAAAUGAUCUUGCUGAAUUACGAGCUAGUGGCCAAAUCCUGAUGGAAUUUGAGACGAUGAAGCUUGAGGAUUUCUGGUGUGCUCAAAUCGCAGUGUUUCCAAACCUGGCAAAGACGGCUCUAGAAAUCCUUAUGCCGUUUGCAACUACAUACCUUUGUGAGUUGGGAUUUUCAUCACUUUUACAUUUUAAAGCAAAAUCUAGAAGCUGCUCUCAUAUGAGUGAUGACAUUCGUGUGGCUAUUUCAAAAAAAGUUCCUCGUUUUCCAGAUAUCAUUGAACGAAAGCUGCAGCUACAGCAGAAGUCACUGUAAGCUGAUACACUUUUAUGUAUGAUUUUUAGUGAAUUCUUAAUGUCAUAAAAUUAAGCUGUAAUCAUAGCUCUUAUAUUUAUGAUAUAUCAAAUCCUAAAUUUGAAAAAUUAAGCAACUUCAACUUUUAAUGAGGCAUAUAAAAAUGUUUUGAGAGUACGAGGAACACAAGCAGCAGAAAAGAUUAAAUACCAAAAAAAAUACAUAGGAUUUUUCUAAUUCUGAGUAUCUAUCUAACCUAUUGAUGUGAUACAUAAAGAAGACGGCAAAGUACCAGAAUAUCCAGCUAAAUAGUAUAGUAGGCUAGGAAUUGAGCCAAGAGAAAACCUCCCAGAAUAAGCAUCUUCAAGUUGAGCGUAAAAGUCAAAGGGCAAAAUGACAGACAGUCCUCCCAUUUAUGUCAGGGUUGUUAUAGGGAGGUUAAUGAAAUCAGAAGAGCAUUGUGGAAAUACAGUGGGAAAAUGGAUGAUUCUAGCUUAUGUAAGAUUUAUUAUUUUAAUGUGAAGUUUCCUGGGUGGAGCAAGCACUUUGCACUCGACUGCUAACCUAAAAAUUGGUCGUUUGAACCCACCCAGCAGUACUGCGUAAGAUAGGCCUGCAGAUCUGCUCCUGUUAAGAUUACAGCCAAGAAAACCCUGUGGAGCAGUCCAACUCUGUAACACCUGGGGUCACCAUGAGACGGAACCGACUCAACAGCAUCUGACAACAACAUUUUUUAAUGUACUCUUUGGAAUUGGUCUCACAGUCUCCAUUUCCCUAGCACCUAUGGUCUAAAUACCUUGACAUUAAUAAAUAUCCUAAUAUUCUAUUAGUCACUUCUUCUUUAAUUACUUCAGGACUUUUCUGGCAUCAAGGCUGCUGAAAAAGAGAUUCCAGAGCCUGUCCCUAGAGAUUCUGAUUUAGCAGGUCUGAGAUAAGGUCAGGGGUCUUCAUUCUUAACCAGUAUCCCGAGUAUUUCUAAUGGAUUCCUUGGUCAUCUGCCUGAUUUUAUUUUUUCUGCACUAAUUUGCCAUUUACCUCAAUUUCCUCACUUAUUUCAUAUCUUACAUGUGUUUUUCUAAGACACUUCAAAACUUUUGGAAGGACCAUAGUAAAAAUUAGGGGGGAAAAAAUCAUAAGUAAAUUGACCUGAAAUUACUGGAGUAAUUCAAGGUCAUCAAAAAAGCCCUCAAGAGACUCUAAAUUAAAACUUUUUUUUCUGGAUGAUAAUUUGAUAAAAUAUAUUUUAAUUAAAAUUUUCGUUUUUAUUUCAAAAAUUUAAUAUCUUAUCAAAGUACUACAUGCUCAUGGCUAAAAAAAAAUAGUAUGAAGAGUCCUAUAAUGAAAAGCAACAGUCCCCUUUCUUCUCAAUUACUCAUUUCUAUUUAAAUUUCUUGUGAUUUCCACCCAUAUAUCUAAAUAUCUUCAUACAAAGUACAUAUGCCAGUCUCGGUUUAUCAGCUUUUCGUUGCACGCUUACUUCUCUUGGUAGUAGAUAAGGAUUUAUCUAUAACAUCCAUUUCCUUUCCUAUUACUCCUUCUAAUUCUUUAUUAUACUAGCACUCAUUUUAGUUCCUCUAUUGAUUUUUCAUAGUGCUUUGACUGAAGAUUUCUCCCUGUAGAAAUUUAUCGCAUGGAAAAAAUCAGGGGUAUUCACAGAGUUUUAUUUGGAAGAUGGGUAAUUAUAGCAUUUUUAUAAUGGUGAAGGGGAAUGAAGCCUGAAUGCUAAGUUUAAAUACCACUUGAGUACUGCAAAUUGAAGUUUUAUGUUUUCUACAUAAAACUCAGCUUUGUCACUAUUCCAUUAAAAUCCUUUUAUUAGUGAAUAUAAAUACAUGCUUUUUCAUUUUAAAAAGCAGUUACAGAAUUUAAGUACUUAUUUUUCCUAUUAUGAUCUGACAUCAAGAACGGUGGCGGAAAUUCCCAAAACUGCUUUAAGAAUAAAUCUGGAUAUGUGUAAAGUUUAGUUUGUUUGCGGAUAUAAAGAUAGAAAGGAAGUAGGGAUAGGAACAAGGGCACAGAUGGAGCUGGAUACCUACUAAUACAAUAGCAGGGCUAGUAUGUAAUGCCAGAAGUAAAUGACCUUUAAGAGCCAAUCUCUCAUUAAGUGUACCAGAGUUCUCUCUUAGACUAAAUUGAUUUAUUUCUGCUCUGAAACAAAACCUCAAAAGACAUUUUUAAAGGAAAUGGCUAACUAGAGUUUUUUAAUUCAUUCCUAAACUCUACAACAGCCUGUCUCCUCUUCCCUCUCCUCCCCUUCCCUGGACAAAUGAAAGAGGCUGCAGUGUUCGCUAAAAUGAAGAAACUUAGAUUCUAUGUGUGUAUGUGAGUUUAAAAAGCCUCCCACAAUGGUCCAUAUAUUGGCACAUGUAAGUCAUAUGUGUUGGUUCCCCCUCCCCCAAGGAGGAGGUGGUGGUUUUAUAUUUUUGCUAUAUAAUUUAAAAAAGAAAAAACUGUUGUCAUGGAGUUGAUUGUGACUCAUUGUGACCCCACAUGUUUUGUAGCAGAACUGUGCUCCGUAGGGUUUUCAACAGCUGUGAUCUUUUUUGGAAGUAGAUUACCAGGUCUUUCUUCUGAAGCACCUCUGAGUGGAUUCAAGCCGCCAGCCUUUCAUUUAGUAGCCAAGUGCUUAACCAUUUGCACCACCCAGAGACCCCUGCUGUAUCAUUAAGGUCACUGAUAAUUGCAAAAAGGAUUCAAGACGGGAUAAAGACAAUCUUUUUGACCAGCAGAUGGUACUCUGUGCAGGACUGGCUGAAAGCAAACUUACAUUACUGAUUUUGCUGAAUAAUAUCUCAUGUUGAAUAUCUCUCGUAAAGGUAUUGUAGCUGAAAUUAAAAAUGCCUCACCUGAGCCUCUUCUGACUUAAAAUUAGCAGAGAGAACUCUGAUGGAGCCAGUGGCUGCCAGAUUUCAAGAAAUCAUCAGGGGAACAGGAUGGGGAAGAGGAUAUAAACAGCUUUUUCUAAAAACUCACCUGAGCAUGGGGAUUUUUGAUACCUUGUUUGCUUUUCUAAGUCACUAAAAGCAACUUGAAGUAGGUAAAUAAGUCAGCAUUUUCAGACAAUUCAAUGAGAAAACCAAGUAGAUACUCUAUAAUUGGCUGGAUUUUAUGAUAUGGGAGUUACAGCUCAGUAAAAACAAAUAGGCACAUUCUGGAUAUUUAUAGUAAAGAAUUUUAUCAGCACUAAAUUAUAUCAAAAUAUUGUAAUAUCUACUUUUCCAAGCAUUUGGAAAAGUCAAAUUUGAAGUUUUCAAAGUCUACAUUAAUUUGAAGGACUGUCUAAUGUUAUUGUCUAAUUCAGUGUAUUUUGUACAUUAUAUUCUGAGAAUAAAGAGAUACCUGAGAUUAUAUUCCCUCUGUUGUACAGUUUUUCUCUAAAUCUUACUUUAAUACUAAAAUGGAUUCCAGCCCUGGCUCACUAUUUACUAGCUGUGUGAAGUCCAUAGACCUCGACUUAUAGACAUCAAGAGGUCUGGCAAAUGAAUCAUCUCUCAUUUUGCCUUGCUCAUUCAUCAGCAAUGGGUGUGUAGGGAGGGAGGGAUAGAACAGUAUACCAGGUGCCAGGUAAUGUAUUGAUUUAUUUGCCGUAGUAAAAAUAUCACAUCUGGAACAGUAGCUGUAAUUGAAGUAAUCUCCUGAUUAAAUUUACAGUAAUCCACAGAUCUUACCCAGAUCCACUAACCUGCGUGGGACAACAGCUGAAUUUAUGUGAGGAUUACCAUUUUGUUCCUGCUGUCCAUUAUUUAAAUUCACUCAGGAGGUGGUCCAAGAUGAUAGAGUAGUCAGAUGCUUUAUAACAUCCCUCUUAAAGACCCAAGAAAACAUGUUAAUUGGAUAUAGAUGACAACUUUGGAACCCUGAGCAUCAAAGACAAGGCUGAAGCAUCGGACUGAGCAUCAAGUGGAAGAAGAGACAGUAUACAAACAGAAAAGCACCAAAAAAACGCCACUGCUGUCGAGUCAAUUAAUUAUAAUUAAUACAAACAGCAGACGUGGAAAAUUACAGAUCACUGGAACCCUGCUAGCUGAACCUGUGGAGUGUGGGUGUAUGGAGACAAAGCAAGCAGUGCUCCCAGUCAAAACCCCCAACACCUAGUUUAGCCAAGCAGGAACGACUCACGUCCAAAGCCACACAGGAGUGCUUUUCACUCUGUGAAAGUUAACUACACACAUCUCACCCACCACACCCAUCCUAGCUCCCCUUUCUGGAGGCCGGCCCUGUGGGUCCCCCCACCCUCUUUGCCCAUUCCCCCUCCCCUCAUGCAAUCAAAGUCCAGCAAUACCCACCACCGCCACACCUCUUAAGCUGGGAGCCCAUGAACUGGAGUCACCCACCCCUUAGCUCAACCACUCAUGCUGGAGGCCCACAGAUCUGCAGCAUUCCUACUCUUUCCAGCCACCUGUACUGGGGACCUGAGGGCUGCCUCCCACUCCCUCUGGCCACUCGUGCUGAGGGCCUGAGGGUUGGCCAUAGCUCCCACUCCACCCACCCCCCCUAUAUCGCAGACCUGAGGUGGGCGGUGCCUCCCACUCCCUCCAGCCAUGUUUGCCAGAGACCCAAGGACCUGUGGUAGUUCCUAUUCCCUAUAGCUGCCUGCACUGGGGGCCCAAGUACAAGCUGCACAAUCUCCCCUGCAACAUGCCCUAGCGAACAGAAGCGUGUCCCCAACUGGGCACCCAUGGACAGGCAACAUCCCUCCUGCUUCACUCCCUAUGCUCCCCCGCCCCUGCAACUGGAGGCUUGUGUCAGCUCUGAACGCCUGCACUUAGUUUUGCCCACCCAGGAUCAUUGGUGAGAGCUUCUGCACCACCCACCCAGUAACCGACAACCAAGCACCCUGCCCCAACCACUCAGCAGUUAACAGAGUGCACGCACAACACCCAACCCAGGGUGAAUACCCCCUGUGCAUGUGACCAGGUGACCAGCUGGACAGAUAAAUCACCUCACCAGAAAUGCCAGCUACAUCCUCAGCAUCCUGAAAGACCAGCAAACAGAAACCCAUGCUCAUGCACCCAGUAGCUGCACCACCCACCAGGAGACAGGAGGUGAAAGCUUCAGUGUGGCCAGAUUAGUGACCAGAGUAGUACACACACCUAGCCUACUCAAAUAUAUCAAAAUAAAACAAAAGCUCAGGACACAGAAAACAAGCAUACAAUAAAUAAAUAACAAUAACUUCUUGAUGCAUUGGAGAAAACAGACGAUAUCAAAUCGCAUCAAGGAGCAGGACACGAUGGCUCCAGCAAGUAACUAAAAUAAAGAACCAGAAAACCUUCCGGGAGAAGAGAUGACAAUGGAACUCCCUGGUAAAGAAUUCAAAAAACUAAUAUACAGGGUUCUCCCAGACAUCAGGAAAGAGAUCAAGGAAAACAGACAUAACCAAGUAGAACAUGGGCAAGAUCAAGAAAAGCACAGACAAAGCAAUAGAAGAAUUCAGGAAAACAAUAAAAGAACAAAAUGACAAAGUAAACAGAGGAUUAGAAACCAUACAAAAACAGCAAAUAGAAAUCUAAAAGAUUAAAAAUAGACAAUUUCAGAAAUAGACAACUCAACAGAAGGAUAUAGGAACAGAAUUGAAACAAUGGAAGACAGAAUCAUCAGCUUUGAAAACAAAUCCCUUGACACCAAUUUGUUUGAGGAUAAACCAGAAAAAAGAAUGAAGAAAGCCUGAAAAUUAUGUGGGACAUUAUUGAAAAUAAUUUGUGUAUGAUUGAAGUUCCAGAACAGGGGAGGUAGUGGAAAGCACAGAGAGAAUUGCUGAAGAUGUGCUGGAAGAAAACUUACCUGAUAUCAUGAAGGAUGGGAAAAUAUGCAUCCAAGAAGCUCAAUGAGGUCCAUAGAGGAUAGACCCCAAAAGAAAGUCACCAAGACGUAUCUUAGUCAAACUUGCCAAAACCAAAGACAAAGAAUCCUGACAGUAGCUCAGGAAAAACGAAAAGGCACCCACAAAGCAAAAACAGACUAAGCUCUAAUUACUCCACAGAAACCAUGCAAGCAAGAAGGCAGUGGGAUGUCGUCAUUGUUGUUAGGCGCUGUUGAGUUGGUUCUGACUCACAGUAACCCUAUGUAUAACAGAAUGAAACACUGCCAAGUCCUGUACCAUCCUCUUGACUAUUGUUAAGCUUAAGCCCAUUGUUGCAGCCACUAUGUCAGUCAGUCUUGUUGAGGGCCUUCUUUUUUGCUGACCCUCUACCAAGCAUGAUGUCCUACUCCAGGGACUGGUCCCUCCUGAUGACAUGUCCAAAGUAUGUGAGACAAAGUUGCCAUCCUCACUUGUAAGGAGCAUUCUGACUGUACUUCUAAGACAGAUUCGUUCAUUCUUUUGGCAGUGGAAGAGUGGAUUAAAAAACACAACCCAUCAAUAUGCUGUUUAAAAGAUACACACUUUAGACAUAAAUACAUUAAAAAUCAGAGGAUGGAAAAAGGAUAUCAAGUAAACAGUAACCAAAAAAGAGCAGGAGUGGCAAUACUAAUCUCAUAAAAUGGGCCUUAAGGGAAAAUGAACCAUAAAAGACAACAAAGGACAUUAUAUAAUGAUCAAAUGGACAAUCCCCCAAGAAGAUAUAACCUUAAUAAAUAUCUACACACCCAACGACAGGGUUCCAGAGUACAUAAAACAAACUCUAUAACAGCAUUGAAAAAGAUAAAUAGUUCCACAAUAAUAGUAGGAGACUUCAAAACACCAUUUUCUAUAAAGGACUGAAAUCUAGAAAGAAACUCAACAAAGAUACAGAAGAUCAAAGGCCACAGUCAACCAACUUGGCUUCAUAGACAUAUAGAACACCCAACAACAGCAAAAUAUACCUUUUUCAACUCACAUAGGACAUUCUCCAGGAUAGACCACAUUUUAGGCCACAAAGCAACUGUCAAUAAAAUACAAAACAUCAAAAUAAUAUAAAGCAUUCUCUCUGAUCACAACACCAUAAAAAGUAGAAAUCAACAGGAAGAGCAAGGAAAAAAAAAAAAAUCAAAUA